AGAGAGAGAGAGAGAGAGAGAGAGAGAGAGAGAGAGAGAGAGAGAGAGAGAGAUGCACGAGACUCAGCGAGCAACAGGCGGGUGUGUGUCAGUACAGCUCGGGCCAGCGUGAGGGAGGGAUGUUAGAGGCACCUCCUCCCGUGGAAUAAACUCGAACUUGGCUCUCUCCCGCGUCACUCCCAUUGCUUCCAAAAUCUUAAAAAAAACAGCAACAACAACGAACAUUUAUCGGUCCAAAAGCGUUUCAGUAUGGAUUAUUAGAUUCGAAUGACGUCAGAUAUACCCCCGCCCCUCUCCCAACUCCGUCUAUUUUUAUUUAUUUAUUUAUUUGUUUUUUUUACGUGGAAGAAAUGACAGAUGAAAAUAUGGUCUGUGACUGAGUCCCUUCGAUUGCUCUGACCCGUUAAAAAAAAAAUCUAUGACGAUGAAGAAGAAAUGAACGAAAAAAAGGUAAUUAACUGAAGUUUGAACUUAAAAGACUUUCGGAACUGGCUUUUAAUAUACUGAAAAAAAAAAAAAAAACACAUCCCGAAAUACAACGAAAGAUGAGUUGACGCCAAAGGGAAACCGAGCUCACCCAGGGAAGGAGGAGAUGCACGUAAACAAACUUCACAAGAAUGCCAUCCUGUGACUGUAUGUGUGUCCCAGGACCCCCGCCUCUAUACCAGGGUCCUCUUGACUACAUCUCCGCUAACUACAUCGCCGGCAACAUGCUCAGUCUGCGCGACCACCGAGUGCAGCCGAACUGUACCCAGGAGCGUGAACACGAGGAAGUGCACUGGGCGGUGUACCAGAUAGUGUUCCCGGUGUUGGUGUCCAUCGGUGUCCUCGCUAACCUGCUCAACUUGGUGGUGCUCUCCCGUCCAGCCAUGAAGGGCGUGUCCUAUAGAUAUCUGAACCAUCUGGCCGUGAGUGACCUGAUGUACCUGUUGUUCAACGUGCCGUUCUGCCUGGAGGCCUUCUCGAAGAUCUCCCACGAGAUGCCCGUGCCCCGCCCAGCAGCCUUCUACUACGCUCACGUGGGCAUCCCCCUCGUCAACCUGUUCCUCACCAUGAGCGAAUACAUCGUGGUAUGGCUCUCGUACGACCGCUGCCUGGCCGUGUGCCGCCCUCACAAGUUCUCCUCCAAGCAGCGCCUCGAGGUGGUACGGGUGCGGUGCCUCAUGUCGCUCGCGCUCACCAUCUGCGUGUACAGCCUGAGCCCGCUGAGCCAGACCUUCUGCUGCGAGGGGGCCGACUGCUGCGUCAUCGACAGCACGUUCACGAAGGAGAACGUGAACUGGUACACCGCGUACGAGCUCUUCAGGGAAAUCUACUCACGUUUCCUACCCGCCAUCAUCAUCACUUGCUUCAACGCUGCCAUCAUUUACACGUUGAGACAGCUAAAGCGCGAGCGCGAGGGCCGCGACAUCAUCAACGAGUCCCGCCAGGAGAGAGAGCGGCGACUCUUCUUCCUCCUGAUGGCGAUCACGGUCUUCUUCUACGUCUCCGCCAUUCCUAGCGCCAUGUACAAGAUCAUACAGUUCAACGACGUCUUUCCGAACUUCAGAGCCGUGGCUGACAUCCUCGAGGUGUCCGGUCACGUGUUCAACUUUGUGCUUUAUUUCCUCUUCAGUCCCGACUACCGAAGAACACUAGUUGGCAUGACGACGGGGCAGCCGCAGAUGACUGUGCAGACGUCGUCAUUCCAUGCUUAAAAAAACACCUCUCGGAAAGACACCAAAGCCUGUAAGGGCAAAUUCCUAAUGUACAUAAAGUGAAACAAACGUAAGAAAAUAUAUUCCAUGUUGAAUUUAGAUAUAAGUGAGAUAGAAAUAUUCCUAUAUUAUUUAAAAAUAUGUCUAGGAGCAUGUAAAUGUUACUUAGUGAGUGUAGCAGUCUGACUUUGUUGCAAGCGACACAGGCACACUGAGCCCAUUGUUCAAGAUUGACAUGCUUGUUUUGCUGCAUAGAAAAAUAUCUAUUAAUUUACUCUACCCUUCAAAGUAGUCUAGUUUUAUAUAUUUCGCCAUGCUCAUAGGAAAUUGUAACCGCCAAACUUCUCAGGACACUGAACAUUACCUGUAGAUGAGGAACAACCAUCUCGAUCUUGGACAUAUGUGACUGUCUCUACUGUAACAAUAGUUUACAAAGGCUGUUUAUACAACGCACUUCAGAGAUGACUUAGGGAUACAUUGCCUUUGGCACUGAACUUCAGAUAUUUGGGAAUGUAAAACACCAUUUCAUCCUGAACCCUUUCUGUAUUGUACGGUGCGUGUGUGUGUAUGUAUAUAUAUAUAUAUAUAUAUAUAUAUAUAUAUAUAUAUAUAUAUAUAUAUAUAUAUAUAUAUAUAUAUAUAUAUAUAGUACAUACACAGUAUAUGUAAAAUAUGUGCGUUUAAACACGAGUGGUAAAAAGGAGAUUUACAUUUACCUCUGCUGAAACUCGACCUAUGAUGGUUCUUAACCAAUCAUAACUUGAACAUUCUGUUCAGUGUUAGUAAAUCAAAUUCAAAUGUGAAGUACCUGUUGAUAUUCUUUAAAAAGAUAAGUAAAUAACACUAUGAUUACGAAAAGAAAUUUUGGUUUUCGAAUAUGCAGACAUCGAAGUAUCAUAUAUAUUUGUAUAAAAAAAAGUCUAUAAAUUUCAUCACAUACAUUAAAUUCUCAGUUCAGUCCCAUCUAUUACAGUCUAUUUUGAUGAAAGUAUCGACAGUUUCCAGAAGAAAAAAAAAAAAUAUAUAUAUAUAUAUAAAGAGAAGAGAAGAAUUCGUAUCAGUGAACACCACACACGACGCUCGUUUCAAACAAAUGGAACAUCGCUUCUCCUUUUAAUGAAUAAAGUUAAAGAACUGACUUAAGAUAUCGGUUGUCUCACGUUACCUAGCAGUCGGGUUUCUGUGUUCUUCAAGUUCUUCUUUGCAUGAACUUGGUCUAUACCGAAAACGUUGUCCAUUUAACACACAAUUGGUACCCAUCGUAACUUCAAAUAUCUUCUUUUACUUAUUUUGCCAUUUUCUGUCCUUCUCUUCUGUUCACUAAAGGUCAUUCUUAAAUAUCUCAAAUAUGUUCUGGCGAUUACACUUUGUUCUCAGGAAUGCAAUUAUUCACUAGAGAGAAAAGGACUCAAAUCUCAAAUCGUUUCAAAACAAUGUUGCUUCAUAUGUCCGCUCGUACCUGCAUAAUCAUUAUUUUUGUUAUGAAAUUACUUUAUUAUCAUUAUCAUUAUCGUUAUUACUGUCAUUAUCAAUAUUAUUACUAUUAUCAUUAUCAUUAUUACUAGUGUUGUAAUUGUUAUUAUUAU